AUGGGUUCCUUAUUCUCGUCUCCGCCCGCGGCGCACGCAACGCUCAUUCACCCGCUCUCGCUCAUCUCCCUCCGCCGCGUGCGAAGCUUGAGAGUGCUCUCGAGGACGCGCCCAACUCUGCUAAUCUGUGCUGCUUGCAUCCACCUUCCUCGUCGUCCUCUCCAGCAUCUCUCGUUCUGCGAACACUCCCUCUCCCUGCCGCAGGCAUGGACGCUCGUGCAGCCUGAGUCGCAGCAGCUGCUCGCGAUCUGCCUCAAGAAACUCAAGGGGUUCCACAAGGUCCGGCUCACGGACAUGCACUUUAUCUGGACGGAGCCGCGCUCGAAGCGACUUAAGGUGUCGCCCAUGGUUCAGAAGGCGGUGCUCACAAACACGGUCAUGAAGUCAAAGAGCACAGAGCAACUCCUCUCGACAGACUCACGCUCGGACACGGCCAACUACAAGUUCGCCUACUCAGUCGAGAUCGCGCCGAUAUGCGAGAACAAUCUCAUCUGCAUCCCACCCAAACAGGCAAAACAGCUCAGCAACAUGUCCCCGCUCACGAUCUGCACGCACAUCAGCACCUCGCUCCAGCUCACGGACCUAGCCACGUUGCAGAACAUCAAGGUCACCGCGGUGCAUCAUCAUGCCAGCGAGGUCGAGGACUUCACUCGCGAGCUAAACGCUCAGCAUGACUUCGACAAUAGUGACUCUGGCUCAGACAGUGAUGCGAGCAUCAAGGAUCUCCAGGCGCCAGGGUCUGGUGCAACUACAGAAGAAUAUGCUGCGGUACUCGAGAAAACUCAGCUUGCUCUUUACAAGUACCGGGACAGGUCACGACAUUUGGAGAGAGCGGCCUUGACGCCAGCAUGUUCUGAGUCGUCUACACCUGUUACUAGCACAAGCUCGGGUUCUGUGGUAAAACGACCUGUGCGGGAGACAGGGCUGAUCGCUCGAAAGCAUGCAGUGAUGGCUGACAUGCGCGAGGUUCCUCGGGAUUUCUUCACCUGUCCAACACCUACCACUUUGAAGCCCUUGGACCUUGUGACACCGGCACGUUUCCUCCAUGGAGACGACGAUCGUGUCUUAGCCCUCCAUCUCUCAGUUCCGGCUCAAAAUCAUGAGGAGAUGCGAGGGACUGCUCAAUUCGCUAGAGAUUUCGAUCAGGGCAUGCGAAAUGGCCGCGGCCACUUGAUCCACUCGUUCCGCGACCAUGGUGAUCUUAUCUACGACAUGCCAAAUCAUGUAUUCAAGUUGGACUCUGGUCACGAGCGCGAUAAGGACACCAAAUUACAGCAGCUACUCGGUGCUAAAGCAACUGCUAAGGGAAAGGUCGAGUAUGAACUUAUCCCUCCACUCCUGUACAGGGACUUUGACUCGAAAAAUCCCCGUAAUGUAUUUGGGAGUGACGUGGUUUUCAAGGCCCUUAAAGCCAUCUUUCGCGGACCUAAAGCAAUCCGUACUGGGAAUUCCCAGGCUAUAGAGCCAUUCCGUUGCAGCAAUCGCCUACAGCUGUAG